UGUAUUUACCCUCACACAUAAUCGUCACAGAGAUGUAUUUUCGGAACUUCAUUUUUCUGGCGAUAUGCAUGCAGCUAUAUUUAGUGUACGGCACAGUGUGCGACUCGAACGGACUGGUGCAUUGUUCGGGGGACAGAUAUUGCUGCGAAGGAAACACAAAGUGCUGUUCCAGGCUAAGCGUCGAAUUCAUAGCCGUCAUAGCUAUCGGGGCAGCGGUGGUGGUGGCUAUCAUUGUUGUCAUUAUCAUAGCAGCCGUGAAACGCGCUAACAGGAAUAAGCUCAAGGUCUUGGACGGGCGCCCAGAGACGUUUCCCCCUGCGUAUGACGCACCUCCUGCUUACGACGCCAGCCCCUCCAGCGCGGCUCUACAUCCGCCCCCGGUAUUGCGGGGAGAGAGAGCCCAACCGCCGACUGGGCAUUAUGACAGGAAGGUCCCCUUGCCGUGAACGGAGCCUCGUGUAUUCAUCUUGGUAUUGCGGCCACUGACAUUGUC